CAUGGCCGCCCACUGCUUCCUGCUCUGGUCCUUGUAGAAAGGAGAGAACAGCGCAGGCCCCUGCGUCUCUCGAUUAGAUAAGGGGCCCCAUCCAUCUUGCUCCCUUCCCCCACCGGGGAGGAGGCAAGUGCUCACAACCCCGCCAGCCCCACUCAGCCCACGAUCCAGACCCUGCCCUGCUCUCCACAGCCAGCAGCCAGCAGGCCUUGCGAAACCGUGGCACAAGGUGCCCAUCCGUCUCUUCUGGAGGCCUCCAGCCCUGACCCCCGCUGCGGGUUUCCUGGCCUGGUCCAGGGACAACUUCUCCCAUGACGCGAUCAGGCCGCAGGCCCAGGCCUCCAGCGAGAUAAAAGAGUUGGGCCGACGGGGGGCGGAGGGAGCAGCAGGAUGGCAUUCGGGGCAAAGGCACGAGUGUGGCUGGCAGGGCCCUGGCCGUCCCCGGGCAGGGCACGCGCACCGGGCGCCGGAGCCGCUCCGGCCCCCAAGGCGGUGCUGCCCUUCGAAGCCAUACCGCGCUGUCCCGGCAACAGGUGGAUGAGGUUGCUGCAGAUCUGGAAGGAACAGCGCCUGGAGAGCUUUCACCUGGAGGUGCACCAGCUCUUCCAGGAGCUGGGGCCCAUUUUUAGGUAUGACGUGGGAGGGACACGCAUGGUGCUCCUGAUGAUGCCCGAGGAUGUGCAGAGGCUACAGCAAGUGGACGGCCAUCAACCGUGGCGGCCGCCCCUGGACCCCUGGCUGGCCUACCGACAGCAUCGCGGGCACAAAUGUGGCGUGUUCUUGCUAAACGGGCCCGAAUGGCGCAUGAACCGACUGAAGCUGAACCCAGACGUGCUGUCGCCUCAGGCCGUCCAGAAGUACCUGCCCAUGGUGGACUGGGUGGCAAGGGAUUUCUCGAAGGCCCUGAGGUCGAGAGUGCUGCAGAAUGCCCGGGGGAGUCUGACCGUGGACAUCCAGCCCAGCAUCCUCUCCUACACCAUAGAAGCCAGCAAUCUAGCCCUUUUUGGAGAGCGGCUGGGCCUCCUUGGCCACAGCCCAAGUCCUGCCAGCCUGAACUUUCUCCGGGCUUUGAAGGUCAUGUUAAAGUCUACCGCACAGCUCAUGUUCAUGCCCAGGGUCCUAUCACGCUGGACAAGCACCCAGCUGUGGAAGGAGCACUUUGAGUCCUGGGACUACAUCUUCCAGUAUGCCAACAAUGCCAUCCAGAAAAUCUACCAGGAGCUGGCCCUCAGCCGCCCGGAGCACUACAGCGGCAUCGUGGGGGAGCUGCUGACGCACGCGGACCUGAGCCUCGAGGCCAUCUGGGCCAACUCCAUCGAGCUCACCACCGGGAGCGUGGACACGACGGUCUACCCCCUGUUGAUGACUCUCUUUGAGCUGGCUCGAAACCCUGAAGUGCAGCAGGCCCUACGCCAGGAGAGCCUGGGGGCCGAGGCCAGGAUCUCGCAGGAUCCCCAGAGCGCAACCUCGGAGCUGCCCCUGCUGCGGGCGGCCCUCAAGGAGACCUUGAGGCUGUACCCCGUGGGGAUGUCUGUGGACCGAAAGGUGGCCUCGGACGUGGUGCUGCAGAACUACCACAUCCCGGCAGGGACAUUGGUCAAGGUGCAACUCUACUCCCUGGGUCGAAACCCCUCUGUGUUUGAGAGGCCCGAGUGCUACCAUCCCCAGCGCUGGCUGGACAACAGGGGCUCUGGCACCAGAUACCCACACCUAGGCUUCGGCUUUGGUCUGCGCCAGUGCCUGGGGCGGCGCCUGGCAGAGACAGAGAUGCUGCUGUUGCUGCACCACGUGCUGAAAAGCUUCCUGGUGGAGACGCUCAGGCAGGAGGAUGUAAAGAUGACCUACCAGUUCGUGUUCGUGCCCACCACCCACCCCCUCCUCACCUUCCGGGCCAUCAACUAGUCACGUCACCGCGCCGUCGGGCCAGCGGUGCUGCCAGCCCCCUUCUGCCUGCCCCCGGCCACCCUUGUUGUCUCCCACGGACCCUGCUUCUGGAGCCACAGCACUGUCCAGCCGGCGCCUCGCACCCAGGGGCAGGGGGAUGAAUCUGGCCGCAGGUCCUGCCUGUGAGCCCAGUGCCACCAGCGCCUUCUCCAGCGAGGAGCACCAUCGGAGGGCCUUGGCCCCCGUAGCCCCCAACACUAGCUCCAGGGGCUUCAGAUCCGCCCCCACCCCCACCUGCCUGUCCAAUCUCAUAUCCCCUCUGUACUCAACCCGCCCCCACGCACAACACAGAGGUUGGCGGCCCUGUCCUGCUCACCGCCACUCCAAAGGCCAGACUCUUCGUCUGCAUUGGUCUUGCCAGCCUAGACCUUGAAGCUGGGCCGUGAGUCGUCCCCCUACCUGCUCUGCUCAGUCCACUUGGGUCCUCCCGGCCCUGCCAGUGCUCUGGGACUGUGACUGAAGCACCCAGCCGAGGGCCUGGGUAAGCAGGUCAGGAGUAUUGUUUCUUACAAUAGCCGCCGAGGAGCUGAGGUGGACAUCUGGGCCCAUGAGACUCCUCUGAAAGCAGGGAGGAUGGUGAUCUCCUCUGGCGGGCUGCAGGGUGACCACAGAGAAGCCACCUCAGCCAGGCACAGCCACACGCUCCCUUUCACGAAGCCGUCUGUGUGCCGUGCCCGGCUGGCCUCCCACAGUGGCCCUCAGGACAGG